AUGGCGACGGCGGGGAGCCGGACCUCGUCUUUAGGCGGAUUAUUAGACUCCAGUAACGGCUCAAACGUCUGGAACGGACCUCAGGGAAGCUCCAGCGGCUCCGGUCUUCUGAACAGCAGCGGGAAAGUGAGAAGAAAUGCAGAGGAAAGUUCGCAGUGGAGGCGGAAGGUGAGAAGUGUGGAUCUGGAUAAAUGUGAGAGCGGGACGGCAGCGCUGGACUUCCUCACGGUGUCCAGUCCUGGCUCGGGUCAGAGCGCAUUACUGCAGCAAAGCCUCACCGAACCGUCGCUCUUCGACAAAACCAGCAAUAAUCUGUGUAACAUUGCUCAGGAAUGGACUAAUAGCUCUUUAAAGAGCAGUAGCGAAGGUCCGAGCGAUGAACAUGGAGGAACUCCUUCAGUGGACGUGAACACUUUACACAACAGUCGUGACAUGGACAGUAAGGAGACUCCGCGUGGGCUGCAGAAGAUUGAAGACCGGCCAGAGGAGCGUUUGAUUCGAGAGAAGCUCAAGGCCACCUGUAUGCCCACCUGGAAGAGUGAGUGGCUGGAGAGACGGAGCAGGAGAGGGCCGAUGGUUGUGAAGCCCAUUCCUCUUCGAGCAGAUGGCACUGAAGCUGGCAGUGACAGUCACAACUUGUCUUCACCUCACAGCAGAACUCAUCGCAGCCCGUCACCUGGACCAUCAUCUUUCUCUGCCUCCUCAUCUUCAUCCAGUAAGACUGCUGGGAAGCCUGAUUCUCCCGGCCUGCUCAGACGUAGGGGGUCUCCGGUUCCUACCGGAAGGGUCACACCCCCUCGGAGAGCACCCUCCCCCGAUGGCUUUUCCCCAUACAGUCCAGAGGAGACCAACCGCAGGGUCAACAAGGUCAUGAGGGCACGCCUCUACCUGCUGCAGCAGAUAGGACCCAAUUCAUUUUUGAUUGGCGGAGACAGUCCUGACAACAAAUUCCGUGUGUUCAUUGGUCCACAGACUUGUAGCUGUGGCCGCGGGACUUUCUGCAUCCACGUACUGUUCGUCAUGCUCAGAGUUUUCCAGCUUGAGCCAUCAGAUGCAUUGCUGUGGAGGAAGACCCUCAAGAACUUUGAGGUGGAGAGCUUAUUUCAGAAGUAUCACAACCGUCGCAGCUCACGCAUCAAAGCUCCCUCUCGCAGCACCAUCCAGAAGUUUGUGUCUCGCAUGUCCAGCUCUCACACUUCAUGCGCCUCCAGCACCUCCCCAUCUAGCAAUGAAAGCAGUAUGAAGGACGAGGAGGAGCAGAUGUGUCCUAUCUGUCUGCUGGACAUGCUGGAUGAGGAAAGUCUGACGGUGUGUGAAGAAGGCUGCAGAAACAAACUGCACCAUCACUGCAUGUCUAUAUGGGCAGAGGAGUGCCGGAGAAAUCACGAUACAUUAAUCUGCCCUCUGUGUCGAGCCAAGUGGAAGUCUCAUGAUUUUUACAGUUAUGAUCAGUCAUCUACAGUGGAAAGCACAACAAGCCGCUCUCAGAGUCAAACAGCUUCUUCCUCCUCUUCAUCUCUACAUGCUGAGAGCUCUAGAUGGGGGCAGGACAGCGACUUCUCUCUUCCACAUUAUGGAGUUCAGCACAUCCCUCAAACAUACUCUGAGCUUGCCGAACCCUGGAUCAAGGUGUUUGGUUUGGAGCUGGUGGGCUGUCUCUUUUCCCGUAACUGGAACAUCAGAGAAAUGGCUCUACGACGGCUGUCGCAUGACGUGAGCGGUGCUCUCCUGCUGGCCAAUGGCGAGCACUCUUUGGCCGGAGCGGGUGCUGGGGCAGGGCUGGGUACAGUCGCAGGGGAGGUGUCUGGUGACGUGGUGGUGGAAUCCUGCUGUAGCGUCUUGUCCAUGGUCUGUGCAGACCCUGUCUACAAAGUCUAUGUCGCUGCACUGAAAACCCUGCGAGCGAUGCUUGUAUACACCCCUUGUCACUCCCUCUCAGAGCGCAGUCGAUUACAGCAGCUGCUGCGGCCCGUGGUGGAGACCAUACUGGUCAAGUGUGCAGACGCUAACAGUCGAACCAGUCAGCUGUCUGUAUCCACUCUACUGGAGCUGUGUAAGGGUCAGAUGGGUGAACUCACUGUGGGGAGAGAAAUCCUCAAAGCAGGCUCUCUUGGUAUUGGUGGAGUUGAUUAUGUGCUGAACUGUAUUUUGGGCUCUAAAACGGAGGCUAAUAACUGGCAGGAACUGCUGGGUCGACUGUGUCUGAUCGACAGACUCUUACUGGAAUUUCCUGCUGAAUUCUACCCUCAUAUAGUGUCAGCUGGAGAAUGCAGCCAGGCCCAAAACAUUGUGGAGAGGUACCAGAAGUUGCUGCCUCUUUUAAGUUUUGCACUGCAGUCCAUCGAUAACUCUCACACAAUGGUGGGUAAGCUUUCUCGUCGUGUCUUCUUGAGUGCUGCCCGUAUGGUGGCUCGUGUGCCUCAUGUCUUUGUUAAGCUACUGGACAUGCUCAACAUCACAAGCUCCACUCACUACGCCCGUAUGCAUCGCCGUCUCCUUGCCAUUGCUGAGGAGAUGGACAUCCUGGAAGCCAUCCAUCUGGGCCUAGAAGACCUCCAGGCUGAGCACAGCUCACACUCAGAUGCCUUCCAAGAACCCUCAGCCCCAAAUAACUCUCCCUGCACCACUGAAAGAAAUUCCCCCACCCAUGGCCUACAGCAGCCCACUGCCAAGAUGGCUCGUCCAGGUCAAGUUAGUUCCAAUACUGUAGAUGAUAUAACAGAGCGACUCUCAAACGUUGUCACAAGCCCUGCUGAAUUUCCAAAGCCCCCCAUUCAAGCCCGAAACAGACCUUCUAGUCAAUGUUUGAACUCUCCCUCGUCCAGUCAUCCCCCGACCCUUCCCUCAUUGGCCAAUGCCUUAGCCUUCCCUCCAGACAACCCCAAAGCCCUGCCACAUAGUUCCAUGCCCAGCAAACUGGCCCAGUCUUCACCAGGAACCCAGCGCAAGUUGUCGCUGCAGAAGGCAGUUAGCGGAGGGGUUUGUAUCAGUAAGGACCCAGAGAAGCUGCCAAGCUCCUCUUUGUUGACUCGAGCUCUUCGUCUGCCCUCGAGUCAUAUCCAUUGGCCCAGACCUACACGACCUUCUCCUGCUGCCUCAUCUGAUGGAGCUAAAGCUUUAAGCUCAGGGACGAAGAGCAACAUGAAACUGGACCUUCAGGAUGUCAGGUCUGGAGACAAUGUGGCUUGCGGUGGAAUGUGUACUUUUACCCCCAGCGAGGACACAGUCUUCACUCCGGUGGAGGAGAAGUUCUGUGAUCUCGAAGCUUUGGCCGAGCUCAACUCUAGCAUGGAGGACCUGAUAGAAACCUCCAUACCUGCGGUGGACAACACUGUCACCUUCCAGUCUGAAGUGGCAGUGCUGUCACCGGAGCAGGCAAAUACAAAUGAUGACACGUACAGUGAGGAUGUGACCCAGAACCAGAAGUGCAAGGAGAAGAUGGAAGCUGAGGAGGAAGAGGCCCUGGCAGUGAUCAUGGCCAUGUCAGAGUCACAAGAUGCCCUGCCCAUCAUCCCGCAGUUACAGGUGGAGAAAGGAGAGGACGUGAUUAUUAUUCAGGUGGAUACAACAGAGACUCUGCCUGGUCAUACCAAAGCAAAGCAGCCAUAUAGAGAGGGCAUGGACUGGCUCAAGGGUCAACAGAUCGGCCUGGGUGCCUUCUCCUCAUGUUACCAGGCUCAAGAUGUGGGCACUGGCACACUAAUGGCUGUCAAACAGGUAACAUAUGUGAGGAACACCUCCUCAGAGCAGGAAGAGGUGGUGGUGGCGCUGCGAGAGGAGAUUCGAAUGAUGGGCCUCCUCAAUCACCCAAACAUCAUCCGGAUGCUUGGAGCAACCUGUGAGAAGAACAAUUACAACCUUUUUGUCGAGUGGAUGGCAGGUGGUUCUGUUUCACAUCUUUUAAAUAAGUAUGGUGCCUUCAAAGAGGGUGUGGUCAUUAACUACACUGAGCAGCUUCUGCGAGGUGUCGCCUACCUCCACGAGAACCAGAUCAUCCACCGGGACAUCAAAGGUGCCAAUCUACUCAUUGACAGCACAGGCCAGAGGCUGCGGAUUGCUGAUUUUGGGGCAGCGGCGCGAUUGGCCUCUAAGGGCACAGGGGCUGGAGAGUUCCAGGGUCAACUCUUAGGGACCAUCGCCUUUAUGGCUCCAGAGGUGUUGAGAGGUCAGCAGUAUGGGCGCAGCUGUGAUGUUUGGAGUGUGGGUUGUGCUAUUAUAGAGAUGUCCUGUGCUAAACCUCCAUGGAAUGCUGAGAAACACUCCAACCACCUGGCACUUAUAUUUAAGAUUGCCAGUGCUACCACAGCACCCACUAUCCCCCUUCACCUGUCACCCGGACUGCGGGACGUCACCCUGCGCUGCCUCGAGCUUCAGCCCUCCAACCGGCCGCCCUCCCGAGAGCUGCUGAAGCACCCCAUCUUCCGCCACAACUGGUAGAAU